UCGAUAGACCAAAUAUCGAUUUAAUAAACUCAUUGCUCUUUCUGAUAAAAAUAAGUAUUAAAAACAGAAAAAAUGACAGAAGAAGCUGAUUUUUCCGCUCACAUAGAUGAGGGCAAGAACAAGACCAAUGUGCGCUGCCAAUUCUGCAACAGCUUGAUGCUGAAGGCCCAGGAGGGCAUCUACAGCAAGGAGGAAGUGGAAGUGCCGCUAAUGAUGCAGAAGCAGGAUAGGACAGCGGAUAGCUUGAAUACAGAGCCACUGCAGGACUUUUGGCUGGUCAAGGACAUGAUGACGUUCGAGAAUAUUGGUUUCUCCAACACCGUGGACGGUAGGAAGUUUCUGGUUUGCGCCGAUUGCGAGAGGGGACCCGUGGGAUAUCACGAUUUAGCCACACGCCAUUGCUACCUAGCUCUGAAACGGGUGGUGCAUAAAGAGGCGUAGUUAGAUUCGUUGACUUCCAUCUCAGUUUGCAAUCCAUUUGUUCUUAGUUAAAAGUCGGGUUCUGUGGCAGGGAAUUUGCAGUAUAAUUUGCAUAGAUUUUGGUUCCUGUAUUUCAAGGAAUUUGGGAAGGGAUUAUUGGAGACUGUUUAGUAAUUUGAUUUAUAUUCUCUAAAAAUUAAACAAUUUUCUUAAAUAUUUUUCUAGUUUCACACUUCAAAAAUGCUAAAAUUUGUAAAGAAUUUAAUUAGUUUCUUUCCCUAACCCCUAAUAGUUGAUGUUGGAGUUCUGUAUAAAAUUACCUAAAGCUGUAAAAUCUAAAUUAUAUUUGAGAUAAUUUAGCUAAAAAUUUUAACCAUUUUGGAAAUUCUUUAUAUCUUUUUUUUAUAUACAAUUCAAUAGAUUGUAUAACUAUGCAAAUUACACUGGCCAUAUAUGUUUAGAAAAAUACGAGAUAUACA